AUGGCACAGGAUGAUCUAAACUCAUGGCUAAAGGCCUCGGCCGAAAACAAAAUAACAUCAAGGAAUGCGUGGCAGUCAACACUCAUAGAACACUUUGUAAAUGCAAACAAGUUUACAGCACGAGACGGCAUCAACUUUCAAAGAGCGUCCAGUACUCUCGAGGGAUGCAUGAAGGUGUACUCAACCCGAGUGGACGAUGUGUCCGAAAACACACUGAAGCUACUGGAAAUAUUCAGUAAAGAUGAGGAAACAAAGAAGAAGACUGGGGCAAGAAAGAAGUCAAAUUUUAUUGAGAAGAAUCUAUCAAAUAUUAACCUAAAGGAGAAGGAGGCUCUGGAUUUUUAUGAUCCCUUAUUCUCUUCCAUUUUACUAAAGACCGACGAUUACUUUUUAAUGGAUGUGUUGGAGCCCACAAGCUCAGGAAUGAUUCUGUUUAGCAGCAACACCAGGGAUAUUGUGAUGGAGGACGAGAGAAUUGACAUUGAAAUAGAGCAACUGCCUGUCUGUGAUAGUUUAAAGGAUUUUGAGAUGGCUAUUGGUAAUGCUUCAAGCGACCAGUAUCAAGCACCUGAGUUUGACAUGAACGACUUUACAGUUUGCGAGCAAAGCAAUGGGCAGAAUUACGAUUCAAAUGAGGAGGACUCAAAGGAAAACGAGAACAACAGCACAAACAAAAUUAAUUUAGUUGAUGAAAUGAAAGUGGGUGCUUUUCAUGAGUCCCCAUUUGGAUAUUUCAGAGGUUGGGCAGGACCUACCCAUUGGAAGGUGCAGAUAGGAAGCAAAAGCAAGGGAGACGGGGAAAAAAAGCCAAAACAGAGACAUUUCCUAGAUUUCACGGCAAAGAUAGACCAAAGUUUGCUUGAAAACAAGUCAGACACUGUCCUGAGCAAGCAGGCUAUUUUAGAGAGGAGAAGGUGCAAGAAUUUUUUACCUGAAGAUUAUUCGUAUGAAGUCAAGGACCUGUACAAAUUUUUCAAGGUGGAUGGGUACUUCUCUGUAAGCACGGUUCGUAAUGCAAGCAACUGCAUUCGUGAAGAUUAUGAGAGCCUGGAUGGCAGUAUUAAUAUUGGACAAGAUCUGGACAGUGGUCCAGGAGGGGAUGUUCAUGCAGCCGCAGACCUUGAUACGAAUGAUAACUUCACCGAGCACUUUGAAAAUUCUUUAAUUCUGAACGAUAAGGCCAUAAAUGGCAUGCCUGAUAAGCAAAUUCAACUGAAAUAUUCGAGAGCUCCAAAAAGAGUUGAUAUUAAAAGACUGAAGGAUAGCGUUUCUUCCUUGUUGAUGCGGAGCUGCACCAGGUUCAGUCAAAUCGUCAGCCGGGUUCCAGACACCUACACAAGUAAAGAGUCAAAAGACAUCUCUCCUCACUUUUGUCUUAUCUCUCUUCUUCACCUGGCAAAUGAAAUGGAGUUGGAAAUAAAAACGGUGGAUGGAGACUUGGUUAUUAGCAGUGGUGUGCGAAAAUAA